CAUGGCAGCCUGCAUGAUUGAUGAAAGAUGUUUCGGGAUAGUUUCAAAUAUUACAAGAGCCGGAAUCCUGCACCGGAUUUCAGCAACGUGAUCGAUUUUGAAAGUCUAGAUUGCAUCGAAGUUAAAAAGAUUGAGGUACACAUAACUGGCGAACAGAUCGAGAACAAUUUUGGCCUUAAAUCGGCGAAAAAAUGGAACAUUUAUGAAUUGCUGGAUAUUCCUGGUCUUAUCUUUAUUCAGAAUCCAUUUACACCAAAUGGCCAACGAUACUGGAUUACAAAAUGCUUGAAAGAUUACUCUAAGGAACCAUACAAGUUGAAUAUAGAUGCUCAUAACGUUUUAAAUAAUGAAACAUGGUGGGACAUAUGUUUUCAAACAGAGAAAACAAAAACUCUUCUACCAAAGUUGCGAUGGGCGACACUAGGAUAUCAUCAUAAUUGGGAUACGAAAUUAUACUCUGAAAACUCAAGAAGCAACAUGCCGACAGAAUUAUCUGGUCUAACAUCCGUUUUGGCAAAAGCAUUAGGUUUCUCAGACUUCAAAGCAGAAGCUGCGAUUGUAAAUUAUUAUCGAAUGAACUCGACUUUAGCAGGGCAUAUAGAUCAUUCGGAGAUGAAUAUUACUGCGCCGCUUUUUUCUAUAAGUUUCGGGCAGAUGGCAAUCUUUCUGAUUGGUGGUCUUAAACAGGAAGAUCCGGCUAAUGCUAUUUUUCUGCGGAGUGGAGAUGUAAUUAUAAUGUCAGACAACUCCCGUCUAAGAUAUCACGGGGUGCCGCGGAUUUUAGCAGCAUCGAAAGCACCGUGGGAUGAUAAUUACGAAGACAAUUGCGAAAGCCCCGCGUACAACCUGGAUGAUUGGCACAAAGCACGGAUUUACAUUGCCGAAGCUAGAAUUAAUAUGAAUGUAAGACAAGUUUUGAAACCUGGGCAGAUUGUAUUAUAUUAA